GUUCUCUUUGAACUCUGAAGCAUCCACUUCAGAGUUUAGACAAUAAUAUCAUUUAUUUGAGACACAGGGGUUUGAAAUCCCACCUCCUAUUUAGAAAGAUUUCAACAUUUCUUAUAUUUGGGUAUGACCCUGUUUUGAGGUUGUCUUCAUCUGCUAUUUACUCAUCAAUCUUGGGGACUAUAGAUUUUGCACUUGGAAAGGUUACAGACUCUGGCCAAGUUGGCUACAUGGUGAUUGCUGAUCUCCUGAAUUUGAGAUAACCGCAAAUGAGGUAGAGGCAAAGAAGUUCUAGCCUGGCUUUGGCUAAGAAUCUUGCUUCAAGGUGAUGCAGCAGGUUUGUGCUGACCUUCUUGAGGAAAAUGGAAUUGGUUUUUAUUGUUUCUAAGGGUGGAAUUGAUACUGUGACAGUGGUAUGCUGAUACGAAUGCCGAGCAGUAAGCUACCGAAAGGCAGGCAUUUGAUUGGGGAUAGUGUGGUUUACGAUGUGGGUGUUUGGUUGCCCCGGGAUUUUCAGCCGCGGCUAGAAGUUACCCCUAUAAUUAAGGGAAUAUUUGGGUUUUGAAUAUACAAACUGCAUUGAGUUCGUUGUUUCAAGCUCAUACACAGAGGGUCACAGACAUGGCUUUCUUUGCCGAGGAUGUUCACCUUUUGGCUUGUGUGAGUGUAGAAGGACGGCUUUUUGUGUGCAAAAUUUCUGAAGGUCCAGAUGAAGAAGGUACGCCACAAAUCACAGGAAUUGUUAUGGCCAUUCAAAUAAUUGGUGAAGGGGAAGAUGUUCAUCCACGAGUUUGGCGGCACUGUCAUAAACAUGAGGUUUUGGUUGUUUGGGUUGGGAAGCGUUUCUACAAAUUGUUACUACUAAAGUUGCAAAGGGUGAAGUCCCUUCUGCUGAGGAUCCUAUUAAGUUUCCUGUUGAAAAACUUAUUGAUGGGGUCCAAUUUGUUGGUAAACAUGAUGGAGGUUACAGAUUUAUCAAUGUGCCAAUGGAUGACCACUCGGCUGGUUUCUGCUUCUAUGGAUGGAACUAUAAAGAUCUGGGAAGAUCGCAAGUCACAACCACUUUUAGUACUGAGAUGCUAUGAUGGCUUUCCUGUUUAUUCGUCUACAUUUGUGACGGCUCCCAACAGGCCUAGAUCACAUCAUGCUUAUAACAGUGGGCCCACUUAAUCGGGCAUGAAGGUUUGGUCCUCGGCGAGUGAAGAAGGCUGGCUGCUUCCCAGUGAUGCUGAGUCAUGGAAAUCUACCCAGGCCUUAGAGUUAAAGAGCUCUGCUCAACCUUGAGUUGAGGAUGCAUUCUUUAAUCAAGUCAUAGCAUUGUCACAAGCUGGCCUUAUUUUACUUGCAAAUGCUAAGAAGAAUGCUAUAUAUGUCGUGCACUUAGACUUUGGUGGUUAGCCAGCAUCUACACGUAUGGAUUACAUCGCAAAAUUUGCUGUUACAGUGCCUAUUUUGAGCUUUACUGGGACAAGUAUAUCACCUCAUGGUGAACAAAUUUAUUGUGUCCAAACACAAGCCAUUCAACAGUAUGCUUUGGACUUAUCCAAGUGCAUACCUCUCCCAUUCUGUAGUGUGUACUAAACAAGUUUCUGAAUUAGCUAGAUUAGCAUUCUACUAGUCAUAUAAAUAGUAAAUCUUUAAAAGUUAGCUCAUUUAAAUUUAAAUUGAGUUCUAGAAAUGA